CUGGAUUGAGGGGACCGGUUCCGGUUGUCGAUUCUCGGCAUACUUUUUAUUACAUAUAUUGCAGCAUGCAAUGUCCUCAUGGCAUCUUUUCUGGCCUCGAAAGGCAAACAGGAUUUGCGGCAUCCCAUGAGGAUGAUGUCCUGUGCCAAAAAUGACGCGAAACUCUUUCUAAAUUAGAGGUAGUCCUAGUCUUUUUUGUCCCCUUGUACUAGUGGAGUAUCAUGUUUCUCGAGAAGGCAAGCUUCAUCCCUGGCCUCUAGUUCACGGCCCCUCGUUUUGCUCCAUCGUUUUUUGGGCUUGGAAAAACGAAAGUUAGCUCCUUGCGAUGUCUAUAAAUAAUUCAUAGUUCAAAGAGAAAUUUGAACAAUCUCAAAAGAAGAUCCAAAGCCAUCCAAACUUUGAGGUCUGUUCAUUUUUCUUUCUCUCUCCCUGGGUAAAGAAUCUUGCUUUCUUACUUUUUUCAUAUCAACUGUAAUGAUAGCAGCAUCAUUUGGAGGAUAUACCUUGUUCUCUGUGGAGCAUAUCUGAAUUUCAUUUUGAUUUUGAGCAUUCGAUGCAUCAACCCGGCAAAGUAACCGAAGCUGGGGACCUGCGACAGAUUCAAUUGAAAUGAGGAAAAACCUGGCUGAACCUUCAUCUGAUGCAUGUCUCUGUUGGCUGGCCAUUUCACUCUAAUCAAUUUUCAUGGUCUUGUCCUUCUACUAGGUUAGCACCGAUCCCCCUACAUUGCAUAACAUUAUAUUUGGAGAGAGACAUGGGUGAAAAGGCAGAAGACAAGAGCGAGAGGAAGGACGAGCAGCCGAAGGAGGACAAGCACAAGGAUGGUGAACAUGCAAAAGAGGAGAAAAAGGAGGAUAAAACCAAGGACAAGAAAAAGAAGGAUAAGGAGUGCAAGAAGGAAAAGAACCCUGAAGACAAGAAUGACCCGCAAAAACUGAGGCAGAAGCUUGAGAAGGUCGAUGCCAAGAUGCAGGCUCUGGCAGCGAAGCGAGAAGAGAUUCUGAAGUCAAUUCAAGAAGCCGAGCAGAAGGCCAAGGCUUCCGGCGGGGAAGCCCCGCCAGCCACCACCUCCUCACGCGCAUGUCAAGGCUAGACAGAGACACUGAUGGAUAAGAUGUACAGAACUUGAUUGAGAUCAAGGACAAUAUACCUGUAUAAUUAUGGAUAGAAAUCUUGGAGUAUAAGAACAUAGAUGAUGUACCUACGAAUGGUAUUGUUAAAUAUGUGGCAUACAUGUCUUAGAGUAGCAUUGCCACAACGUAAUAAUUGUCACGACAUUGAUCCUGACACCUAAAUUGUAACAGUUUAUCGUGUAAUCCCACUUCAUAAAAUAAUUGAGAAUGGCACACGUUUAUCAGCA